CGGAAAACCCAUUUUUUUGUUCUCCUCUCUCUCUCUCUCUCUCUCUCUCUUCUUCCUCCAUAUUCCAUACUCUGAUAAUUCUUCUCCUUUCCCGCGCUCGCGUCGGCGGUGUUUGAGGAGAGAAGAAGAGAAGGGAAGGAUGGGGAGAGGGAGGGUGCAGCUGAGGCGGAUCGAGAACAAGAUAAACCGGCAGGUGACGUUCUCGAAGCGCCGGUCGGGGCUCCUGAAGAAAGCCCACGAGAUCUCCGUCCUCUGCGACGCCGAGGUCGCCCUCAUCAUCUUCUCGACCAAGGGCAAGCUCUACGAGUACGCCACCGACUCCUGCAUGGAAAGGAUUCUUGAACGCUAUGAACGUUACACCUAUGCAGAAAAAGCACUAAUUUCAUCUGGACCCGAAUUGCAGGGUAACUGGUGCCAUGAAUUUGGCAAACUCAAAGCUAAGGUUGAGGCUUUACAAAAAAGCCAAAGGCAUCUCAUGGGUGAGCAACUUGAGCCCUUGAAUCUCAAAGAACUCCAGCAACUAGAGCAACAGCUUGAAAGUUCUUUAAAGCAUAUAAGAACCAGAAAGUGCCAACUCAUGUUUGAAUCCAUCUCUGAGCUUCAGAAAAAGGAAAAGUCACUGCAGGAGCAGAACAAGAUGCUGGAGAAGGAGCUCAUGGAGAAGCAGAAGGUGAAGGCACUAAACCAGCAGGCACCUUGGGAGCAGCAAGGCCCGCCGCAGACAAGCUCAUCAUCCCCAACCUCCUUCCUGAUCGGAGACUCUCUCCCCACCCUGAAUAUUGGGACAUACCAAUGUAGCGGAAAUGAACAUGGGGAGGAAGCAGCACAACCCCAGGUUCGUAUAGGAAACAGCCUGUUACCACCUUGGAUGCUUAGCCACUUGAACGGGUAGAAGCUACCGUUCCGCAGUCAACUUGAAUGGUUUAAACAUUUCACGAACUCUUUAGAUUAUACUGUAUUUGGAUGUUUGGAACACUCUCCAGCUACAAUUUAAAAUACAUGCCCAGAUAUCUCAGGGGAGUAUUGAGAUUAGGGGUUUCUCGUACGUUCCUAUCUGGAAGUAGAUGGGGCUGUGGGAACCUUAAGUGUGUAUAAUGUACUAGUCUACUAUAAUUUGCUCUUGUUUAUUUGGACUCAGGUGCUAGAGUGGAUACAACUAGCUUGUAAAAUGCUGUGCGAAAUUUUAUGUACAGGAGAUAAUGGUUGCACUGAGCAAAAAUCCUGCUAGUAAAAAUCCAGAUCCUAUUUUCUUUAUAUAA